AUGUCGAUUGUUGUGGAUGUCAACAGAGUAUCAGAUAUCUGUGAGAGUUCAAGUAGGAGAACCCGAGAUGAAAGUGUCUUUGAGAAAUUGAAGAAGGCGGCUCAAGAUGGAGACAUCGAAGAAUUGUAUAAACUGAUAGCUGAGGAACAAAACAUUCUAGACCACUUUGAUGAAGUGCCUUUCUGUGAGACGCCAUUACACCUGGCAGCUGAAAACGGGAAAACCCAUUUUGCGAUGGAACUAGUGACUCUUAAGCCGUCGCUUGCAUUGAAGCUAAACGUGUCAGGCUUCAGCCCAAUCCAUUUAGCCCUGCAAAACAACCACGUGAGAAUGGUUCUGUUUGGAUGGAUCAAGAGAGCGAACAGGGUGGAAAUCUUGGAUUGGAAGGAUGAAGACGGUAACACAGUCUUCCAUAUUGCUGCAGCUAUCAAUCAGACUGAGGUCAUGGCGUUGCUACGUAAAAGCGUUAAAAUAGCAGCCAAGAAUUUGAAUGGCAAAACGGCGAUGGAUAUAUUCGAAGCUCACCAGCCUCCUUGUUUCCCUGAAGCAAGAACAAUUCUCCGUAGUGCCAAAGAAAGGCUAUUUAGUUGUUCCACAAUAACUCUUGCAGAAUAUUUGAGCAAAGAUCUAACGUUUCUCGAGAAACGGAACAAUUUCUUAGGGCUGAGCAAUUUAAGCAUAUCUAGAGCCAGACCUCUAACCAGUAGCCAUCGCCGUGAUGCAAUAUAUGUGGUGGUUAUACUUAUAAUAACAACUUCAUUCCAGGCUGGUUUUAGUCCUCCAGGCGGAUUUUGGCAGGAGGACGGCGUGGAUCAUCAUAACGUCUAUCACAAAGCUGGGCAAAUGACUAUGUCUUUCUCCAAUGCCUUAAUUUUUAAUGGCUUCAACGGGUUUGCCUUCUUAUCAUCCCUAUACGUGAUCAUGAUCCUCACAAUUGGACUUCCCAUGUGGAAGUUAAUCUAUUGUUCAACGGCGUGUUUAGGUCUCGCUUUGUUAGCAUCAUACGGCACUAUAUUCCCGUAUCCUGAUGACAGCUAUAUAGGGUAUAUCCCAUUGAUCGCCUUCGUCUAUGUAUUCCCAUUGAUUAUCACAAUCAUGCUGUUUAGUGUUUUCAUGGCAUUCAUUGUUGACAAACGUGGCCGGAGACUAGUAGACUUCCCGGCGAGCUGCUUCAGCUCAUCUCAUGAGUUGUCGCUAUGAUCAUUAGAAUACGUUGAAAACAUGAUACCAUGCACGAGGAAUAUUAGUUAUCUUUCAAUGUGGGACUAUGAUGU